AUGCCUUCAAAGGGAGGUGGCGCGAAUAGCAAGCAGCAGCAGCAGCGCCAGGGCGGAAAAAAGGGAAAUAAGAAGAGCGACGAGGACGACUUCGAUGCCAUCCUCGCGAAUGCGGUGAGGGAGACGCAGGCGGCCGCGCCCAAGCACGUCAACAGUAACCAGCAGAAGGACAAUAACAAGGCUGGAAAGCAGAAACAGAAAGCAAACCCCACUGAGGUGGAGGCGGCGAGGGACGAGGACGUGGACGUCAAAGUCAUCAGCACCGCCGAUCACGUUGACAACCCGUAUCCGCAGGUGGCACCAGGCAUGCAGCGGCAGACGUGGCCGGAGCCAACAGUGCCUGUGUGCAAGCAGUUUGCCAAUGGGAACUUUCCUCCCGGCGAGAUUUGCGAACACCCAGGUGAGGUGAAUGCCUAUCGUUACAGUAGCGAGGAGAAGAGAGUGUUGGAAAGGGCGACAGAGCAGGAGGUGCAGGAGCUGCGCCACGCUGCGGAGGUGCACCGGCAGGUGCGUCGCUAUGCCCAGAGCUUCAUCAAACCUGGUAUAUCCCUCAUCUCCAUGACCGAUUGCAUCGAGCGGAAGUUGGAGGAACUCGUCGUGAAGGACGGUCUUACACGCGGGCAGGCCUUUCCGACCGGUUGCUCGCUAAACCACGUAGCCGCCCACUACACACCGAAUACAGGCGACAAAACAGUUUUGACGUACGACGAUGUCAUGAAGGUGGACUUUGGCGUACAAAUCAAUGGCAGGAUUAUUGACACAGCGUGGACAGUGGCAUUCAACGAUGAGUACACCCCAUUACUGGAGGCGGUCAAAGCGGCCACGUACGAGGGUGUUAAACAGGCUGGCAUUGACGUCCGCUUGUGUGAUAUUGGCGAGGCCAUCCAGGAGGUGAUGGAGUCCUACGAGGUGGAGAUCAAAGGCAAGGUGUACCCGGUCAAGAGCAUUCGCAACCUCUGCGGCCACAACAUUGGGCCUUACGUCAUUCACAACGGCAAGUCCGUGCCUAUUGUGCGAGGUGGCGAGACUAUUAAAAUGAUGGAGGGGGAACUGUUUGCCAUUGAGACAUUUGGCUCCACUGGGCGAGGUGUCGUGCAGGAGGAUAUGGAAUGCUCACACUACAUGAUGGUGCCAGGCGGGGAGAAGAAGCAGGUACGCUCUGACAAGGCGCAGCAGUUGUUGAAGCAUAUUAACAAGACGUACGGAACACUGGCGUUUUCACGGAAGUGGCUAGACCGUGACGGUUAUGACAGGCACCUGCUGAAUCUGAACCAGCUUGUGGAUGCGGGGGCCAUCAACAAGUAUCCCCCCCUGUGUGACGUCAAGGGCUGCUACACGGCGCAGUAUGAACACACCAUUCUGUUGAAGCCGACAGCGAAGGAGGUUCUCUCCAAGGGCGACGACUACUAG